UUCACACCUUCUCUUCAAUGGCUGCUCAAGUAACCCCGUCGAAACAGGCCGCAUCCUCUCUGGAGAACCUCAAAAUGAACGACUCUCCUGCUAAGAAGCUCAAUUUCCAGCCUACCGGCAAGGAGAAUGCUCCAAUUCCAGUCCCUCUCGUCCUUGACCCCGAGCUCCUCAAGAAAACAGAGACUUCCGCUCGGAAACCUGAAGAAGGAGAGAAGAAAGCUCUGACCGGUGUAAAAGCCCUAGAGGCAGACGAGCCAUUGCUUCAGGAGAAUCCGAAUAGAUUUGUUUUGUUUCCGCUUAAGUAUCAUGAGAUCUGGCAAAUGUACAAGAAAGCGGAGGCGUCAUUCUGGACUGCAGAAGAAAUUGAUCUCUCCAAAGAUCUACACGAUUGGAACAAUAGAUUGAACGAUGAUGAGCGAUACUUUAUCUCACAUGUCUUGGCAUUCUUCGCCGCGUCGGAUGGCAUUGUCAACGAGAACCUAGUAGAGCGUUUUAGUGGAGAAGUUCAAGUUCCGGAAGCACGCUGUUUCUACGGUUUCCAGAUUAUGAUGGAGAAUAUUCACUCUGAGACUUAUUCUCUCCUCAUCGACACGUACAUCAAAGAACCAAAGCAGCGGACAUACUUGUUCGAUGCCAUUGAAACCAUUCCCUGCAUUCGCAAAAAAGCCGAUUGGGCCAUCCGGUGGAUCGAGGAUAAAGACUCUACCUUCGCGCAGCGUCUUGUUGCCUUCGCUGCUGUUGAAGGCAUAUUCUUCAGUGGAUCCUUCGCUUCUAUCUUCUGGCUGAAGAAACGAGGCCUCAUGCCUGGCCUGACGUUUUCUAAUGAGCUUAUCUCUCGUGACGAAGGCUUACACACUGAUUUUGCCUGUCUCCUUUUCUCUCACCUGCGCCACCGCCCCAGCCCAGAGGCUGUUGAGAAGAUCAUCACUGAAGCUGUCACGAUCGAGCAGGAGUUCCUCUCGGAUGCGCUCCCAGUCGCGCUUCUCGGAAUGAACGCAAAGCUCAUGUGCCAAUACAUUGAGUUUGUCGCUGACCGUCUCCUCGUUGCUUUGGGCAACAAGAAAGUUUACAACUCCACCAACCCAUUUGACUUCAUGGACAACAUAUCACUAGCUGGUAAGACCAACUUCUUUGAAAAGCGUGUUGGUGACUACCAAAAGGCCGGUGUCAUGGCAAGCACAAAGAAAGAGGCUGCGACCGACGAAACGGAGAAGCAAAUCGAAAAUGGAGGUGCAUUCAACUUCGACGAAGACUUCUAAGCGGUUUCGCGUCGUAGUUUCUUCUUGGGUUGGAUAGACUGUUUUCAUAUUCCCUCUUCCGUAUUUGACAUCUGACUCGUACCAUUCCGUUGUUCUUCUUGGGACUUCAUACCCUACAAGUGUAUUUUCUACAAUGCCCACUUCAGAUACCCUCCUAUGGUUUCCGCUCGGAUUGACCUGUACUUCUAUGUGUGGCUAUUUUUUUGGUGCAUGAUGCUCCGCUUGAUAUUCCCCUCCCCUCUCAUCCUGAGAUAUUGACUCGACGACUGUAUUUCUUCUAUUUUGUUUUCUUCCCCCCACUCGUCGUUUUGCGGGAUGGGUCUCAUGACAAGUUCUUACGUAUGGGUUACGGCGUUCCUACUGUUAUUUUGAAAUGUUUUUUCUUUCUUUCCGCAUUAUGUUUUAUCUGCAUUAUUUUUAGUUGGUAUCUCAACUCCUCAGUUUGAAGGUGUACCCGGAAAAUAAGGCACAGGACAGGCGGAGUUGAGAAACCCCUGCCUACGUUUCUGUAUAGUCUAGUUCUUGGUAAUCCAAAUAAUAUAUGUAUAACCACUG